UUAUUUUAUGAACGUGCACUAAACAGCCGAUUUCGCAACAUCUCGUGUUUAUAUCAACGUCUCCCGCUGAACAUCUUUUGAUGCGCGCUCCUGCGAACAUCGACGUGGGAAAGUAGGGUGUUGGACACAAAGAAAGGGGGCACCCCUGGGAGUUGUGGGCCCCUGGGCUUCAGCCCGUGUAAGCCCGUGCAUUAAUGCACCCCUGAUAAUAACAACAAGGAUGAUGAACAGAUUCAAGGAAAAGUAGUAGAAGUAAAAAAGUAAAUUUCUCUGUUGUUUCUAAGGCUUCACUGAAUUAUUGUUACAUUUUAUGCAUUAAAAUAUGCUGCCGGAUUUUGACUGAGAAGCAGACCUGAGAUUAAAAGUAAAUUAUUCAUACAGUUAUUUUUUUUAUUUUUUAUUUAGGCCUUACUUAAUGAUAAUGUUCGAUUUCAUAUGGCUUAUUACAGCUAAAGAGCCAAGAGCAAUGAGUGUGUGCUCCCUUCUGUUUUACCCCAAUGUUGGUUUUUAAAUCAGUAUAAAGUUGAUUCAGGACCUUAUAAGCUCUAGAAGAACAUGGUCUUCGCAAGCGCUCUCUGUAGGUACACUAAGGUUUAAAAAACACAAAUAUUUCGGCCUGCAUAAGGUAACGUUAAGUCCAGACACGCUCACACAGUGUGUGCAUGCGGGAGAGAGAGAGAGAGAGAUUUAGGCCCCCUUAGAAAUAUUUGUUAUAUUUUUGGUGUAAUAUUUAAUAUUAAGAGUACAUUUUUAAAAAGACAUUAUUAUACAUAUAGGCUACUGUAUACUAUGAUCAAAGCUGAACAACCCCCUACACGGGAAAACAAUUUAACCACUUAUUUUCACUUAUUUUGGGUGAGGAAAGUCCCUUAUUUUGGGCUUGUUUUUUUUAGACCAGGUCACUUGUUUCUCAUACAUAAUCUGGCAACAAUGCAUCUGGUAUAUCACUCACCCUUAGAACAGAGAUCUGUCAUUUUAAAAAGAGCAUUAUUAGCUGUUCUUUUACUUCACAAUUUGGAAUGGAGUCUGUGGAACGCUGGAGCCAGAUUGAAAAAAUACAGUUUCUUUAGGCUGGGCACUUGUUGGUUGCUUUUCCUACAUUGUCCAGUCCAGUGUUUUUAAUUAAAAUGCUGGUUUAGCAAAGAAAUUCAUAUGUAGAUAAUUUAUAUGCCUGCAAAACAAAUAUUUUUUUUUUGUUGUUGUUGAUAUUUACCCUUUUUCUCCCAAUUUGGAAUGGCCAAUUCCCAAUGUGCUUUUAAGUCCUCAUGGUCACGUAGUGAUUCGCCUCAGUCUGGGUGGCGGAGGACGAAUCCCAGUUGCCUCCGCGUCUGAGAUCGUCAACCCAUGCAUCUUAUCACGUGGCUUGUUGAACACGUUGCCACUGAGACAUAGCGCGUGUGGAGGUUUCACGCCACCCACCGCAGCAUCCACGCUCAACUCACCACACGCCCCACCGAGAACGAACCACAUUAUAGCGAUCGCGAGGAGGUUACCCCAUGUGACUCUACCCUCCCUAGCAACCGGGCCAAUUUGAUUGCUUAGGAGACCUGGCUGGAGUCACUCAGCACGCCCUGGGAUUCGAACUAGCAUACUCCAGGGAUGGUAGCCAGCGUCUUUACCACUGAGAUACCCAGGCCCCCCUGCAAAACUAAUUUUAAGCGUUAAUCAUAUGCCUGUCGAUCAAAAGAAUUUUACGACCAUGAGAAAAAUAAAUUCAACUUUUCACUGAGCUUACAAACUUUGAACCAGUCAUGGGAGAUAUGUCAUUCUCUCAGGAAAGGAAUGUCGACCAAUUACAGAGCCUGCCUGAGCUGGCCUAUCGUGGACUGGGAAUACUCUGCUCGGCCAUUCAUGGUGAAGGAGAUGAGUGUCGUCGUAGAGUGUUCCGCAAGCUAUUGUACGUGAUACUAAUGAUGAAAACGCAAGACCGAUCCAAGCCGUGUCUUCUUGUUCCGUCUCAAGCUAUCUGUAGUGCCAGAGACCAGUCUAUUCUUUUUAUUAGUCAUAUUGUUGAUGAACAGAGGGAGACCACAUUGCCGCUUUUACGAACCCUUGUGCAACAUAUCUGCCAUCAGAUGGUGGAGAAGUCUGAAUAUCGAACCAGUGGAGCACAGGCUGUUGGAAAGCUAAUGGCUAAGAUGCCUUGUCAGGACUAUGCAGUCCUCGUUAAGUGGCUCUAUAACUACUCUCGAAACAACAAGGUGGCUUUCAGAAUGUUUGCACUGGAUGUGGCCAUGGUCCUCCUGGAGCAGAGUGAGAGGGACAUGGAGGACACGAUGGACCCUGAGUUGGCUGUGUUCCUGUCUCACAGGUUCUUGGUGCACAACAUAGUUUACAGUCAUCGUAACGAUGUCUCCCCCACAGUCAGAGGCCAUGCACUACACUGCCUUGCACAGUGUCUGGAGCUGCGUUCCCAGAAUGCCACAAAAUGUGUCCAUGAGCUCUUCUCCAACACAGGUGCACAGACUAUGCUGGAGACGGGCCGUUCUGAGCAAACUCUGAAGAGAGGAGAGACAGGUCAGAAAACCGCCCUGACCUUCAGAACUAUCGAGCUCACAAAACACAAGAGCAUCACCGCAACCCGCAGGAGUGACAUCAACACGUCCUUACAGAAUGAGGAAACCAUGGCUUUAUUUAAAAAGCAUGUCAGUGACCCUAAAACCAAUGCCAGGAAAAGUGCGCUGGAGACCGUCAUGAGUCUGCUGAAGCAUGGGGUGAUCUCAUGCAACGUGGAGAAUCUGACUAUUCUGUCAGAUCGCUGCAGGGAUCCUGCUGUCUCAGUGAAGAAGAAAGCCAUGCAGUGCCUUAUGGACCUCCUUGCUGCUCUGUCUGACAAUAGGGAGGUGCAGGAGGCCUGGCUGAGAGGAGUGCUGCCAGCUGUCAUGGACUCUGAGAGCUCUGUGCAGGAGAAAGCUCUAGAGUGCCUGGACCAGGUCAUCCUCGCACACAUUAAGAGUCAAGGCAAAUAUCGGCCUGAUGACACCUCUCAGAGGCUAGCCUGGGGCUUGCUGGGACUGAUGUGUGAAAAGUGUCAAGACCUCAGCCGAUAUUUCAGCAAGGCUUUCAGCGUGUGGGCUCCCCAGCAGAAGUUCACUCCUGCAUUUGUGAACAGUUUGCUGUCUCAUACUGAGGGAGAAAGGGCUGCUGCCGCCUGGCUUCUGUUAGCUAAAAUUGCAAUCUGCUCUCCCAAACUGAACUACGGGACCGUGCUAGAGACCUGGGAGCACACCGUCAGGUCACCAGUUGUUUCAGAGACAAUGACCUGUCAUAUUUUGAGCGUUAUGGGUGACAUUUCCUCUAAUCUAAAUGACGACACCAAGAGCAGAAUAGUAGAUGAUCUGAUGGGCUGGUUAAAAAGCUUCAGCCUACCUUUGGAGGUCAUCAGUUCCUGUGUGGAUACGCUGGUCAGAUUUGGAAGAUCAGACAACACUCAAGACACACUGGGGUUCCUGGAUCGUAUCUGUGGAGAGCUGGUCUCUGUGUGUGAGGCAUAUCUUUCCAGUGUCAUUCUAAAUGAGAAGGGAGCUGAGAACAUCAAUGAAGACCUGCUAGUAAAACAUCUUUAUACACUUGGUGCAGCUUCUCUCCAUUGCGCCUCAAAAGUGGGAAAGAGAAUAUUCCUUCUGGUUCAGUCCAUUCUCACUCCCUCAGAGCAGCCAGUUCAUACUGAAGGAGAUGUGCUACCAGCUAGUCAGCCUCUGUCUCAGUUCAAGCCUAAUUCCAUGCCCACAGUUGUCCGGGCACAUGCUGUUAUCACAUUAGGUAAGCUGUGUUUGCAGCAUGAGGAGCUGAUGUUGAAGUAUCUGCCCGUGUUUGCGCGGGAGCUAGAGGUGGGCACAGAGCUGGCCGUGCGCAGUAAUGUGGUGGUGGUGAUGUGCGAUCUCUGUGUGCGCUACACCAACACAGUGACCCGAUAUAUCCCCAACAUCUCGGCCUGCCUGAGAGACAAAGAGGCCAUCGUCAGAGAGCAGACCCUCAUCAUGCUGACCAACUUACUGCAGGAGGAAUAUGUGAAAUGGAAAGGUGCACUGUUUUUCCGCUUUGCUGUUGCUCUCGUAGACCCAGAUCCUUCUAUUGCAGACCUCUGUGAGUACUGCCUGGUUGACCUCCUGCUUAAGAAGAGUCCCCUCAUGUUCUCCCAGCACUUCAUUGAGUGCAUUUUCCACUUCAACUCUUAUGAAAAACACAAGAAAUAUAAUAAAUUCCCUCAAGCUGAGAGUGAGAAAAGCAGGUUUUCUCUAAGAGGUCCACAGAAUCAAGGCAAGCGUUUCAGGAUCUACAAGUUCCUAUUAAAAAACUUUACUGAUGAGCAACGGUUCAAUAUCACAACCAAAAUCUGCCAGGACAUCCUUGCCAGUUUUGUGGACUCUGAGCUGCCUCUGGACUCUGAGGGCUCUGAGUUGCUUGCAGACACAUUUGACGUUCUCUCUCUGAAGGAGAUGAAGCUGACAGCCAUGAGCAGCCCAACAGCAGGAGAGGAACCUCAGGAGGAUGAGAUGGCCAUGGCUAAAGCUGUUUUACAAGUGGCCCAGAAAAAGCUGGUCUCACAGGUCCAGAAGAAGAACUUUGUGGAGAAUGUUAUUCCUAUCAUCAUCAGUCUGAAGAAUAUGCUGGAAGAGAAACACUCACCUGUUCUAAAACACCUGAUGGCCUACCUACAGGUAACCAUGCAGGACUAUCGUUCAGAAGUGAAGGAGUUGUUUGCUGCUGAUGAGCAGCUGGCUACAGAGGUGGAAUAUAACCUGAAGCAGUUUGAAAAGGCGAAACAAGAGCAACAGCAGAUGGAGAACCAACUGGCCAGCUGCACACUGUCACCCAGACGAAAUGGUAGUGCUGUGGCUUCUCCUGCCCAGGCAGCAAAUGCUGGGCAUCGGUCAGGUUUUGCCACCCCUCGCCAUCAUAAUGCUACUAAAGGACCUGCACAAACCCCUAAAUCUGCUGAUUCUCUGAGGCGUCGUACUUUUGCUGGCAUGGUAACCCCAGUCAGGAGCCGUUCUUCUCCUACAGUGUUUUCAACAGGACGGGCAAACAAACAGGUUGGGAGAGCGAUCAGUACCCCACAGGCGAGCAUGCAUGAAGUGACAUUUGGAGAGCAAGUUAGUGCCAUCUGCAGCGAAUCUGGUAGAGGAGGUAAGGAUGUGGAGGAAGAAGAGAGUAUUCUACAUCUGAUGUCACCAGAGCAACAAAAACCAGUGCCCAGGCAGUGGAAUGUGGAAUCUCCUCUUGUACAAAAACUGAGAUCCAAGAAAAGGUUGUAGUGAAUGUUUGUGUGCUUUUAUUGUAAUGUGAUAGUAUUCGUUGCAUCCUUCAGUUCAUCAUACCUUUAGAACAAAAUCUUUUUGUUUCACAGUUCUUCUGAUAAAUGUCUGUCUUAUUUGUAAAAAGGCAAAAUUAUUGAAUGUACUUUUGGCACUCUGUAUCUCAUGCCUUAAGUCACAUUCUCCUCCAAACCUCUUUGUUAUAUUAAAGUUUUCUUGUCUGAAAGUAUCAGAAGGUAAUGUCUAGGAAAUAAAGGCUGUAUUAUAUGGGGCUGAUGCAUAACACAUUGGCACACAGUAGUGUUCUGCUGUAACCCUAUGAUGUCUGAUAAUGAGUAAAUGCAUAUGUAUAAACCAAAGAUAUUUUAGAGGUUUGCUUAUGUAAAAGUUCAUAACAACAUGUUCUGUCAAUUGAAAAGAAGGAACUGGUGAUGAAAACUUUGGUUGAAUCUGUGGUGACGAGAAAGUAAUCCAAGGUUCUGGCUACUAGUAUAGUGGAUGUACACAGACAAUGUUCAAAAAGUGUAAAAGCCACCCCAAAAUUGACCACAGGACUUGAGAGCAUGCCCGACCUCUUUGCCAAAUGUGCCUAUUUUUUACAAUUCUGUUGUUCAUUACUUCAUGAGCUCUGAGGUAACUAAUUAUUUUUUACAUUUUAUUGCAGUGUUUCUCAACUUAGUGUAUUUUAUACAUUUCUCCAAACUAUGGUCAAUGUUUUUAAAACAUUAAACAUAGCCAAUGAAGCAGAUUCUUUAUUUUUUAGAACAAUUCAAUUUCACCCCAUUCAAGCACUGUAUUCUUUGCUGAUAAUGCAUUUAUUAAAAAUAUACCAAAACUAUAGACAUGCUAUCAAUGGAUUACGUUUAUAACAUAUUCAUCAAUAGACAACUACACUAUUGAGAAAAAAACAAAACAUGUUCAUCAUAAAGUUCCACAAUGGAGGCAUGUUUCCCAUGUGUGUUAUUAAAAUUUCUCUAAAUGUA